AUGGAGCUGCCCAGAAAACGGGCACCGAGACGAAGGGAUGAUCGUAUCAUACUCCACUUUGACUAUGACUGCUUCUACGCCUCGGUUUUUGAGAACCGGGACCCUCGGCUAAAGGCGCUGCCCUUGGGAGUGAAGCAGAAGAACAUCCUGGCCACGUGCAACUACGUCGCCCGCAAGCAAGGGGUCAGGAAGCUCAUGCUCAUCACGGAAGCCAAGCGGCUCUGCCCAAAUCUCGUCAUUAUUGAGGGUGAGGACCUGACGCCCUUUCGAGACACGAGCAAGAAGCUUUUCGGCUUCAUGAGAGGCUACUCGUGGAACCGCAAGGCGGAGAGGUUGGGGUUCGAUGAAGUUUUCAUGGACGUCACGGAUAUUAUCAACUACAACAUGUUCUGUCUCAACCGGGCUUCGCUAUCAGAGUCAUUCUUCCACCUUUCCAAGAAGGAUCCAGAAAAGGGGUUCCCAUGUGACUUGACCAAAGUUGCGGGCUGCGUAUAUGGAAAGACACCUGGUACGGGAGAUCUCAACAACCCUGCCUACGUUCGCCUGCUUCUGGCGAGCCACCUGGCCUUCCAUCUGCGCAUGAAGCUCGAGGAGGACUUUGGCUUCACGGCUUCGGUCGGGAUAUCGACCAACAAGCUGCUCAGCAAGCUCGUGGGGAGUGUAAACAAGCCGCGUAACCAGACGACUCUGAUGUCUUUCGACGAUGCUGUUGUCACCGAGUUCAUGGAUGCGCAUUCAGUUAGAAAAGUCCCCGGCAUCGGCUUCAAGACGUCGCGCGCGCUUGAGGAAAAGUACCUCGCGACGCCCCUGGGACCCGACGACGCCGACAGGGAGACGUCACCACUAAAAGUCUACGACGUGCGGACCCACGAGCAGACUUCGCCCGACGCACUGGAGAAGCUACUCGGUGGUCCUGGUUCUGAACGAGGUGUUGGAGAAAGGGUAUGGGGCCUCUUACACGGAGUCGACGAUACGGAGGUCAAGGACGCGAGCGAUGUGCCGUCACAGAUUAGCAUUGAGGACACGUACAAAGGAUUGGAGAGCAUGAGUCAGAUUGAAGGCGAGCUACGCAAGAUAUCUGCUUCUCUCAUCCGGCGGAUGCGGACCGAUCUCCUGACAGACGACAACAACGACGACUCGGUCGAGCCGGGCAGUCAGAGAUGGAUUGCGCACCCCAAGACACUAAGACUGUCCGUUCGGCAAUGGCCUUCUUCUGAUGCGCCACAAGGGACGUCGUGGCAUUCGCAUCCGGAUUUUCAACGUAUUUCCCGAUCCCAGCCUAUUCCUAACUUUGUCUUCAACACAAAGGAGACACCUGAUUCCUUGGCGGAACGACUGACGACAGAGAUCUUGCUUCCAACGAUGAAGAAGUUCUUUCCGGCUGGUCAUAAGUGGAAUCUGCAACUUAUGAAUGUCUGCGUUGCGAAUUUGGCCGCCAGUGGUAGUGAGGCUGGGCCAGGUGUGGGGCGGGACAUCUCUGUCAUGUUCCGCAAGCAGGAUGACGUUCUCCGACAGUGGAAGAUUGAUACGGCCAUCGUGGAAGACGAUGGCGGUGGUGAUGGUGAUGGUGUUAAUGAUGCUCAACGCCAGUCAAUCUCAGAUCAUGAGGUUGAAGAGAUGGAGGUGGAAGAGUUUGACGACGACGGCGGAUCGUGGGAAGGCGACGAAGUGACGGCACGGUGUCCGCUGUGCGGUCACUCCAUACCGCCAUUUGCCCUCGCUGCUCAUGCAAGAUUCCACGACUUUGAGGACUGA